AUGUCCUCCUUCACCUUUGGCGCUCAGCCGGGGCGACCCAGGCGCCACAAGGCGCGCCGAGCGGCCGGCGGCCCUGCUUCGCCCACAGCGAUCCCGAUCGGAGGUGUCGAUGCGCUGACGCCGGCGCUGCAGGGCCUGCGGCUGGGCUCCGGUGGAUCGACCGGAUGGCCGGCCUCGCCGGAUCCCGACGCGUCUCCCGUGAGCCCUUUCUCGCCGGGCCGGGAGGAAUCGCGCCGGCAAGGCGCCGGACCAGCCGACCGGUUUGGUGCCUCCGGCGGUGGCGCCCCCACGCCCUGCGUGCCGUGCUGGCCCCCGGGAUGCGGCCAGCCGGCGUUCCUGUUCGGCGCGGGCAGCAGCUGGAGCGCCGGCGGCCUGGGGGAGAGCCUGCCGACGGGGGCGGCCGGGAGGCAUGCGCGCUCGCGAUCGGCGGACUUCGACGACCAAGAUAUGGGCACCAAUGACGCGAUGUGUGACAUCAUCGGCAUGUGGGAAGCGGGGUGGGAGAACACAGAGUGUUGCUUGGAGAAUGGAGGCCAGUCGAGAAUGCAACUGCACCAAGACCGUGCAACGAUAGCAGAUUGGGGAAACCUGCCCUUCAAGGUGCUGGAUGCAGUGAAAAGAAUGGUUCAAAAGCUGGGAGAUGGCAGAGGCGACCAGAUGAUCAGAUCGGCGAGGCUUGUGUGCCACCACUGGGAGCGGUGGGCCACCGAGUCGGUGAAUUCUUUAAGCCUGUCAGGAGACCAUCCCGUGGAGCUGGUGAUGAGCAACAUCGUGGGCAAGUUUGCCAACAUACAGGGGCUCAGUUUCAGGAAACACAAUGAGCUCGACGCGAGCGAAGUUGCGAUAUUGGAUGCAUUCCUCCUGCUGCCGCAGAUCGACAUGAGCUGUCAAGUCACGGAUGACACCCUGGAGCAAGUCGGCAUGUUGACGUCCUUGACACACUUGGACCUGGGACAUUGCGGGCAGAUCACAGAUGGGGGAUUGGCUUAUGUGAGCCAUCUAACGAACCUUCAGCACUUGAGUCUGAAGGCGUGUCGAAAUGUCACUGACGAGGGCUUGCUGCACUUGCAAGGGCUGACGGCCCUGAGCCACCUGAACUUGUGCCAGUGUUGUGGAGUCACCGAUUGCGGCGUUGGCCUCUUGACAAGCCUGCCAAACCUGACCGUGUUGAAUCUGUCAUCGGUUUUCUUCUCUCCGUCGAAUGUCACUGACGGGGGCUUGAUGCUCGUGGCGGCGUUGACGACGCUCACGCACUUGGAUCUGGAGUCAUGUGAAAAGAUAACCGACGAGGGAAUGGAACACGUGGGAAAAUUGGAGCGGGUCAGAUUCCUGUCUUUGUACAACUGCACGAAGGUUACGGAUGAAGGGCUGCGACAUGUGGGGACAUUGACGAACCUCACGCACCUUGAGUUGUGCGCUUGCUACCAAAUUACGGGGCGCGGUUUGGAACAUUUGGGCGCAUUGAAGGACCUCACGCAUCUGGGAUUGCGCCAAUGUGUGGGAAUCACAGACGAUGGCUUGCAACAGAUUGUGGGGUUUCCGAAUCUAACGUCUUUGGAUUUGUCCGAUUGUAUGAACAUCGGGGGUGAGGGGUUGGAGUAUGUUGGACGCCUGGUCGCUCUGACGCAUUUGGAUUUGAGCUGGUGCGGCGAGCUCACAGAUGAGGGCUUGGCACAUGUGGAGAAUAUGACGAGUUUGAGGAUGUUGUCGCUGUACGGGUGCGACAAAGUCACCAGUGUUGGCUUGGAAAAGCUGACAUGUGUUGAACGCAUAAAUAGGUGA